GUCCCAUCCCAAUCUUCCCAUGUCCGGACCUGAGCCCUCCCGGCCAAGAACUCUAACAGUGUCACGACGCAGAAUCCCAAAGAUGAACAAGGAAACCACAGGGGUAUCUGAGAACAGCCACCACCUGAAGGUUUUCCUGCCCAAGAAGCUGGUGGAUUGUGUGCCCAAGUGCCCAGCUCUGCCCACGGAGCGGCUGCGAUGGAACACCAACGAGGAGAUCGCCUCCUACCUGAUCACCUUUGAGAAGCACGAAGAAUGGCUCUCCUGCUCCCCCAAGACCAGGCCUCAGAAUGGAUCCAUCAUCCUGUACAACCGCAAGAAGGUGAAAUAUCGCAAGGACGGCUAUUGCUGGAAGAAGCGCAAGGACGGGAAGACCACCCGCGAGGACCACAUGAAGCUGAAAGUGAAAGGGGUCGAGUGUCUCUACGGCUGCUACGUCCACUCGGCCAUCGUCCCGACAUUCCACCGGCGCUGCUACUGGCUGCUGCAGAACCCGGACAUUGUGCUGGUGCACUACCUGAACGUCCCGGCCAUCGAGGACUGCGGGAAGAUCUGCGGCCCUGUCCUCUGCUCCAUCAACAGCGACCGCAAGGAGUGGCUGAAGUGGUCGAAAGAAGAGCUGGUCGGGCAGCUGGGGCCCCCUUUCCACGGCAUCAAGUGGACCUGCAGCAACGGGAAUGGCACGGCGGAGUUCUCCAUUGAGCAGCUGGUCCAGCAGAUCCUGGAGAGCCACCAGGCCAAGCCCCCGCCCCGGACACACGCCUGCCUCUGCAGCAGCGGCCUUGGGAGUCCUGGCCACGUCCCGCACAAAUGCAGCAGCACCAAGCACCGCAUCAUCUCCCCGAAGGUGGAGGUCCGCCCUUCUCCCUACCCGGCCCUGACGGAGGUCCAGAACAUUUCGGGCGGCGCGGAGGCGAAAGCCGAGCCCGAACCGGCCAAGUCGUCCGGAUCGGACAAAGACUCGAAGCUGGCCAAGGCCCUUCCGCCCAGCCUGGCCGACGCCCGUCCCGACUCCUCCACGCAGCCCUCGCCCGGCCUGGCGCAACCCGAGGGCUGCCCCAAACAGGAGCCGCCGGCCGUCACGCUCUCCGUCAGCCUCCCGGGGAGCACCAUUUUGGUCAUGACUGGCCUGGGGGGCGCGGAAAAGCCUCUGGCGUUCACCCCUAGCCAGCGCCUGGUCCCUGGAGAUGGGGGCGGGACACCGGCCGCCCCUCUGGGCUUAGCCCUCCUGCCUGGACCGGGCCUGGUCCUCUCGCAGAACCUGGAGGCCACCAUGGAGACGAACGAAGAGGGCACCGAGACCUUUGACCCGGACUGCUUCCUGAACAGCCCCAAACAGGGGCAGACCUAUGGGGGCGGGGCGGGCCUCCAAGCCAAACCGGAGCCCCCGGAGGCUUCCGCCCCGCCCGUUUACUCUCUCUUUGUGUCCACGAACCGCUUCUUCAUCCAAGACGACGGAGCCGGACAAGUGCCAAUGCCGCCUUCGCCCCCCGCCGCCGAGGGGACGGAGGCGAAGAACCGUCCCGAGACCCCCAUGGAGACUGCGGGAGAAGGGGGCUCGCAGGCGGAGCAGGCGCUGGGCCAGAGCGGGGGCCCGGCUGAGGAGGCGGCGACGAUGGCCGCGUCAGAACUCCAAGAAGAGCUGUACUCCAUCAUCCAGACGGCGGCCGCUGCGGCGGCAGGCAGCUCCUUCGGCCUCUCCUUCGACAGCCACUUCCCAGACCUCAUGAGCGAGCUGAUGACCGACGAGCCGGGGCCUGGCAGCAUGCCCGGCCCCAAGGAAGGCAGUGCCGGCCCCAGCAGCCCUGCCUUGGUCCUGCCCGAGACCCUUGCCCCGCCUGGCUAUGGGGCAGAAGGAGCCCCCCGGGGCUGCCCCCAGCCGCUGGUGCCCAUCACCGACUUCUCGCCUGAGUGGUCCUACCCAGAGGGCGGGGUCAAGGUGCUCAUCACAGGCCCCUGGACAGAUGAGGCGGAGCCCUACUCCUGCCUCUUCGACCAGAUCUCGGUCCCCGCGUCCCUCAUCCAGUCGGGGGUGCUGAGGUGCUACUGCCCAGCCCACGAGGCAGGCGUGGUGCCCCUGCAAGUGGCUCAUGAUUCCCGCCUGGUCUCCAUGUCGGUUCUCUUCGAGUACCGGGCCCGGAACUUCAUGGCGCUGCCCAGCACCCAGCUGGACUGGCUCUCCUUGGACGACAACCAGUUCAGGAUGUCCAUCCUGGAGCGCCUGGAGCAGAUGGAGAAGCGGGUGGCCGAGAUGACGGCUGCCGGAGCCACCCAGCCGCGGGGGGAGAAGCCGCCCAGCCAGGCCGCUUCGGACUCCUUUGAGGAGCGCAUCGUGGCUCUGUGUGAGAAGAUGAUGUCCCGGUCCUGCUGGCUCCGCUCAGAGACGCUCGUCCACCACGUCAGCUUCCGGGGAAUGACCCUGCUGCACUUGGCGGCGGCCCAAGGCUACACCCGCCUCAUUGAGACCCUCAUCAAGUGGCGGAACAUCAACGCCGAGAGCCUCGAUCUGGAGCAAGAGGUGGACCCCCUCAACGUGGACCACUUCUCCUGCACCCCCCUGAUGUGGGCCUGUGCCCUCGGCCACCUGGAGGCCGCCCGGCUCCUCUACCACUGGAACAGCCGGGCCCUCUCCAUCCCGGACUCCCUGGGCCGCCUCCCCCUCACGGUGGCUCGCUCCCGGGGCCACGUCAAGCUGGCCACGUGCCUGGAGGAGCUGCAGCGGCAGGAGGGAGGGCCCUCCGAGCAGCCCGGCCCGGAGCCCCUGGCCGACACUCCCGGGGGCUCUGCCAAGGCCGGCCCCCGGCGCCCUGCGGAAGCCCUGCGCAUCCCCUCCCCGCUCUCGGCCAGUCCGGACACAGGGCUCAGCACGGCCAGCGGCGUCUCGUCCCCGUCCGAGCUCUCCGAGGGUUCGGUCUCCGUCACCUCGGCCUACUCCAGCGGGUCGGCGCUGCGGGAGACCCCUGCCUACAGCCCAGAGGCCGAGGGGGCCAUGGAGGUCUGCCGGGUCCCCCUGCCCCCCGGGAGCGUGGCCGGCUGGUACCUGCGGGAGAGCGCCAGCCCCCCAGGCCUGCCUCAGGCCCCCUCCUUCUUGAUGGACUACGAUGAGGUGGGGGCUGCAGGAGGGCAGGCGGGAGGCCCCGAUGACGCGGCCCUGGCGCCGGAGCUGCUGAGCUAUGGGGAGAACACGGAAAACGAGGACUACCUGCCCACGACAGACGUCCUGCAGGUGGACAUGAUCACACUGGCCAAACAGAUCAUCGAGGCGACGCCCGAGCGCAUCAAGCAAGAGGACUUCAGCGCGGCCGAGGCCCCGCUCCGAGAGCGGCCGGGCAACCUGGGCCUGAACGAGACCAUGUCCUGGCUGGCCGGCUACCUGGAGAACGUGGACCAGCUGCCCCCCUUCUCCCAGCGCAGGCCCCUGGCCGCCUCCCCCGCCGGCCACGCCUGCCUCGGCCCCCUGCCCUCCCCGCUGGGGGAGCUCUCCUUCGAGCGGCUGCCCCCGCCCCCCACGGCCGCCAGCUGGGCCGAGUUCCUCAACGCCUCCGCCAACGGGAAGAUGGAGAGCGAGUUCGCCUUGCUGACGCUCUCCGACCACGAGCAGCGGGAGCUCUACGAGGCCGCCAAAAUCAUCCAGACCGCCUUCCGCAAGUACAAGGGUCGCCGGCUGAAGGAACAGCAAGAGGUGGCGGCCGCAGUCAUCCAGAGAUGCUACCGCAAGUAUAAGCAGUACGCCCUCUACAAGAAGAUGACGCAGGCGGCCAUCUUAAUCCAGAGCAAGUUCCGCAGCUACUACGAGCAGAAGAAGUUCCAGCAGAGCCGGCGGGCCGCGGUCCUGAUCCAGCAGUACUACCGCAGCUACAAGGAGUACGAGAAGCUGAAGCCAGGGCACCGCGCCGCAGCGGCCAUGCAGCAGAAGAUAAAGGGAACUUUUCUCACCAAGAAGCAAGAUCAGGCCGCUCGCAAGAUCAUGCGGUUCCUGCGGCGCUGCCGGCACAGGAUGAAGGAGCUGAAGCAGCGGCAGGAGCUGGAAGCCUCCCAGAAGCGGAGCGUGGCCACUUAGCCGGAGCCCGACUGUGCCAGGCCACCACCGAAGAGUCUUAACCCCGGCCGGGGCCCCUCGAAGGAUCGGCACCCGGGGCCCUCCGCCCGCCACCCCCACCCCCCGGACUGUGCAAUAGGGACUGGCCAGGGAGAGGAGUCUGUCUGCCCCCUUCUCUUACUCCCAGGAAGGGGGGGUGCACGCGCAGGGGCUCCCUUGCCUGAACCCCAGCACUGAGAACCCCCUCUGACCGCCUCGCCUUUCGCCCGUGCCAAUGCUUCCCCUCUGCCCUCUUCUCUGCCCAGGGCCUGCAUGGGGUAGGGGUGGGGGCUCCAGGA